GAGAGAGAGAGAGAGAGAGAGAGAGAGAGGGCAUUGGCUAGCUAGUAUAUGUGGUUUAUUGUGUGUGUGUGUGUGUGUAUAUAUAUAUAUGGUGAUGCAAAGUAGGAAGAGCUAGAAAGCAUUGCUGAAAGAUUUGAGAAGUGGGCAUUUUUUGUUAUUGAGAGAGAGAGAGAAAGAGAGAGAGGGUUGGUUGAGUGGCAGAUAAAGGAAAGGGAGACAUGGGGAGAGGUAGGGUUGAACUGAAGAGGAUAGAGAACAAGAUCAACAGGCAAGUGACCUUCGCUAAGCGAAGGAAUGGCCUUUUGAAGAAAGCUUACGAGCUUUCGGUUCUUUGUGAUGCUGAGGUCGCUCUGAUCAUCUUCUCCAAUAGAGGAAAGCUGUACGAGUUUUGCAGUAGCUCCAGCAUGCUCAAAACCCUUGAAAGGUACCAAAAAUGCAACUAUGGAGCACCAGAACCAAACGUAUCCGCAAGGGAGGCCCUGGAGUUGAGUAGCCAACAGGAGUAUUUGAGACUUAAAGCACGUUAUGAAGCCCUUCAACGAACCCAAAGGAAUCUCCUGGGCGAGGAUCUUGGCCCCCUCAACAGCAAGGAGCUCGAGUCGCUCGAAAGGCAGCUCGAUAUGUCAUUGAAGCAGAUUCGAGCUACCCGGACCCAAUACAUGCUGGAUCAGCUGACCGAACUUCAAAGAAAGGAACAUGCACUUAAUGAAGCCAACAAGAGCUUGAGACAAAGACUGUUGGAAGGAAACCAAAUACAUUCAAUCCAAUGGAAUCCAAGUGCACAAGAUGUAGGCUACAGCCGACAAGCAGCUCAGCCUCAGGACGAUGCCUUCUUUCAUCCCUUAGACUGUGAACCCACAUUACAGAUUGGGUACCAAACCGAUCCAAUAACGGUGGCGGCGGCGGCGGCGGCCGCGGCAGGGCCGAGCGUGAAUAACUACAUGACAGGAUGGUUGCCGUGACGAGAGAGAGAGAGAGAGAAAAGAGAGAACAGCCAGGCCCAGCAGCCAUGGUAUGGAUAAUAUUUGCAUCAUCAUCAUCAUCAUUAUUAUUAAAUAUUAAACCUAUCCUAUCAAUAGGAACCCAGUAUGUUUAGUUCUUUCCUACGCUGUUUGACAAAAUGGAUGUGUGUAAUAGCUAUGGACCUAUGAGAAAAACCAUAAUUAAACUCCAUAUUUGUUGGAGAACUGUAAGUAA